CAAUUCACCCUAAAAGCCGCCAAACCCGUCGUUUUUUCUUUCACAACCGUAAAGCCAAACCCCAAGCUCUACAGAACACAGUCAUGGACCACGUCUCAUCUUUGGAGUGCCUGAAAUUGGAUUCUCAGUCGGAGGUGCUCGAUAAAGACGGCAGGGAAAAGGACCUUUUCUCACCAGCUAUGGUCCCCCUCAACUGCGAUACGCCAAUAAUCGGGAGCGAGGUUGUUGGAUCAGAGGCUGAUGAAUCGGAGACUGAUGAAUUGGAGCCUGCAAAACUUAUUGGUCAUGAAUGUGAGUAUUGUUUAAAGGUGGGUGAUCACUUUACGCAACUAUGCCCUUACAAGCAUAAUGUCCCAAAGAACGCAAUUGUUAGCACUAGGUGUGUGGUUCUUUGUAAUCAUUGUGGUUGCCACUUUAGAAACUCAUGUUGUGCCAAUUGUGGCCGAAGCGAUGGAUGUGCAGUUCUCAUGGAUUGUUUAAAUUGUGGAAAGAAAGGUGAACACAUGACUUAUAUGUGUCCGAGCCGCAAGGAGAAUCCCGUUCACUCACACACAAUCAUGGACGGCGGCGUUGUGUCUCCACCUUUGCAAAUCCACCGGCCCAAGCCAAUCAGGAGCAAGAGUGAUGAAUCAGAGACUGAUGAAUCGGAGAGUGAUGAAUCAGAUACUGAUGAAUCGGAGACUGAACAACUUAUUGGAACACAACAAGCGCCCUCCAUGGUCUGUUCAACAGGGGCAACCACCUCUCCCCCUGCCAAUCAUCAGCUGAGAUGUGAAAUUCAACUUUACAUGAAAUAUUGUGGUACUGUAUAUGAAAUUCAACUUUACACCUAUGGCAGAACCAUGUACCAUAUCAUCAGCUGAGAUGUCUCUCCAGAAAUGAGCCAUGAGUCUUUCUCAGAACGCUGAAAGUUCUGUCAUCCUGAGUUUAUAAACAGAAAAUGUGGUUUUGAGACAUGUUUGCACAAAUAUAUAUACAUGGAGAUAUUAGUACAAGCUUCUUUUUUUUAUUUUCAAGGAAGAGAGAGAGAGAGGGGUAGUACCUGCUUCUUCUUUUUCAAGGACUCUUCCAGUUUAGCAAUUUUAUCAGUACAAGCUUUCUCAUGCUCAGAUAUCAGACUCCUUUCUUUCUUUCCUGACA